GUUCUCCGAGAGAGUCCCCUGCUCAAAGUUCGGUUUUUUUUGUUUCUCAGGGAUCACUGGCGCCCUAAAUGCGAAAUAAACUUUGACUUAUCGGAGCUCGGUCGUGUCCCCAUGGAUGACGUUUACUAUGUCGGCGUGGACGUGGGCACCGCCAGUGUGAGGGCUGCUCUCGUAACCAGGCAUGGUCAACUGAAGACCACAGCUCAGGAGCCCAUCAGCAUCUGGGAGCCCCACACUGACCAUUAUGUGCAGUCCUCCUCCGAGAUCUGGGAUAAAUGCUGCGUCGUUGUAAAGGAAGUUACCAGGGGACUGGAGAAGAGCCAGGUGAGAGGGAUAGGCUUUGAUGCCACCUGUUCACUUGUGGUGUUGGACCAAAGCUUCCAGCCUGUAGCAGUCAAUCAGGACGGUGAGAAUCAGAGAAAUGUGGUCAUGUGGAUGGAUCAUCGUGCUGCGGAGCAAGCCGCUUGCAUCACAAGCGCAGGUCACAGUGUCCUGAGUAAGGUUGGGGGGGUCAUGUCACCAGAGAUGCAACCUCCUAAACUGCUCUGGCUUAAAGAGAAUCUCAGGGAAGUUUGCUGGAACAAAGCCACUCACUUUUUUGACCUUCCGGACUUUCUGUCAUGGAAGGCCACAGGCUCUUUGACCAGAUCUCUAUGCACCCUGGUAUGCAAAUGGACCUACUGCCCUCCAGAGGGAUGGGAUGUCAGUUUUUGGUCUUCAAUAGGACUGAAGGACCUCACUGAAAACAACUUUUCCAAAAUAGGAAGUGAGACAUGUUCUCCAGGCAGCCCGCUUGGGGAUGGCCUGACCCAGGAGGCCGCUGCAGAUUUGGGUUUAAAUCCAGGAACUGCAGUUGGGGCUUCGCUCAUUGAUGCUCAUGCUGGAGGCCUAGGCGUCAUAGGAGCAGAUGUAAAAGGCUUUCAGCUGCCGUGUGAAGGCCAGCCAAUCACAUCACGCAUGGCGAUGAUCUGCGGGACGUCGUCUUGUCACAUGGCGAUAAGUGAACGGCCAUUAUUUGUGCCGGGAGUAUGGGGUCCAUGCCUGUCUGCCAUGGUACCUGACUUGUGGCUUAACGAGGGAGGACAGAGCGCCACUGGACGUCUGAUUGACCACAUGGUGAAGGGCCACGCUGCCUAUGCGCUGCUCCAAGAAAAGGCACUGCGGAGAUGUCCCACUACAGUUGACAGCAUCUAUAGCUACUUGAACGACCACCUGAGUGGAAUGGCUACUUCCUGUUCAGCUGUUGACCUGCUGGGCUCUGGUCUUCACGUGUGGCCUGACUUCCACGGGAACAGGUCGCCCCUGGCUGACCCCACCUUGAAGGGCAUGGUGGUCGGGUUGUCUCUUUCGCAAACCCUGGAUGACUUGGCUUUGCUCUACUUGUGUACCAUGCAAGCCCUGGCCCUCGGCACGCUUCAUAUUCUGGAGGCCAUGAGAGAAGCAGGACAUGAUAUUAAAACCAUCUUUUUAUGUGGAGGGUUGAGCAAAAACGCCCUGUUUGUGCAGAUUCACGCUAAUGCUACAGGGUUGCCUGUUGUGUUGCCCGACCAGACAGAAGCUGUGUUGGUGGGAGCGGCAAUCCUUGGGGCGUGUGCGUCCCAGGACCAUGGCACUAUACAGGAUGCAAUGUCCAAGAUGGCCAAAGUGGGAAAAGUCGUUCACCCUGAUUACAACCUUCUGAGCUUUUACCAAAGAAAAUACAAAGUGUUCCGGCGUCUUGUGGACCACCAGAGGGAGUACCGGGCCCUCAUGAACACAUUCGGGUCUGACUGUCCUUGACUGUGACAACUAGUGAUGUCAUAUGGUACACUGGAGACAAGCACAUAUUGUCUGCUCAGCUUUUAUCACUAGCAGUCUUUGAAUAGUUCGGAAUUAAAGUGUUUUUCUGCCUCUA